AUGAUUCGUGAGAUAGGGUAUUAUGCGGAUGACACAAUGUACUAUCAUUAUAGAAUUCCUAAUCUAGACUUAGAUUUUGGAUUGAAGGCUCUAGGAAAUGAUCAAGACGUUAUAUCUAUGAUUCAAUUUGUCCCUCAAAACAAAGUGAUUAAUGUGUACGUUGAACAUGGUUCUACAAGACUUCAUACUUACUUCAUGUCCCCAAGUAAAGAUGUUAUUGAGCAACUGGAUGAUGAUCCUUCUCCUGAGCUUAAUAGGAUUAGGCCUAAGAAGAAGGGAAUUGGUUCGUGUAGCAAGAAAUUAGACAUGAAUGUCCCACUUAAAGAAUCAUCUAAUCAAGCUCAGAGAGAAGAUGGUGAGUUUGAAAGAGAGGUUGAAGCUGAAGAAGAACAGGAUGAAGAAGAUGAACAAGGGCAUGCAGAGGAUUCAAAAAAUGAUUCAGAAGAGCAUACAGAAGAAGAUGAUGAUUCUGACUACAUUGUUGACCCAGAAGCUAUUUUAUAUGACUGGGAGGUUGAUAUGAGAGAGUUUCAUAGUUGUGUGGAUGAGCUUGAAUGGUUUGGACAAGGUCCAAACAUAGAAUUAGAUUUAAAUCAAGAUGAUGAUUUAGGCGUCAUCAACAAUGAUGAGUUUGAAAGUGCAGGAUAUGAGGAAGACCUAAGGAAGAGAAUGUUAAAAAACCUGAACAAGAAGGUGCCUUGUUCUUAUGCGGUAAUUCAUGUUACACCAUUUUUUGUAGGUCAAGAUUUUAAAACCAAAAAAGAUAUACAAGGUCACGUGAAGAUGCCUUCAAUAAAAACAAGGAGGGCCCUACACAUGGCAAAAAUUGAAAAUUUGAGAGUAUGA